CUACUGCUCUCGUUUUAUUCAUUUUUUCGGAACAUCUACUGCUCUCGCUUUCUCCUCGUCUCACUUUUUUUUUUCAAACCUUUGGACGCCACCUGAGAUCCUACUGUGAUGAACUGCCUUCAGAACCUUCCCAAACCCCUUGCUCCCCAUCUACAAGCAAUGAGAAACCACUCUAGAAGACCUCCGGUCUUGAAUCUGCAGGGGAUCGUACGAGCUGAUCUUGGUGGAAAUAUGGGCAUGAAUGCAUUUCCUGUUCCUGCUUCCAGCACUGAAAAGAGUGGUGCUGGAGUAAACGAUGGGAAAUCUAAAAUAUAUAGCAAUAAUAUGACACAGGCAAUGGGUGCAGUGCUCACAUACAGGCAUGAAGUUGGAAUGAACUAUAAUUUUAUUCGGCCAGACUUGAUUGUUGGCUCCUGCCUGCAGACCCCAUCAGACGUUGACAAGCUUCACAAGAUAGGGGUGAAAAACAUUUUCUGCUUGCAAGAAGACUCAGACCUCGAGUAUUUUGGGGUUGACAUUAGUGCCAUUCAAGAAUUUGCCAUUAGACGUGAUGAUAUUGAACACCAUCGCACUGAAAUCAGGGAUUUUGAUAUAUUUGACUUGAGGAUGAGGCUUCCUUCUGUGGUUAGCAAACUGCACAAGGCUAUAAAUCAUAAUGGUGGAGUGACUUAUGUACAUUGCACUGCUGGUCUUGGAAGAGCUCCUGCUGUUGCACUGGCUUACAUGUAUUGGAUUCAAGGCUAUAAACUUGGUGAAGCAAAUCAGUUACUACUGGUAAUCCUCAAAAUCUUCAGCCCCGAUAAUGUGAUGGGGAUCUAUUUUGGAUAACUUUUUAAUACAAAUUUGGGGACAUGGUAAAAUAAUUGUGGUCCCAAAAUUUUAGAUAAAGGAUCUUAUGUAUACAUUGUUAUUAGUGAGAACAUUUCAUACCUAUGUGUUAUGGCUAUUUCAUAAACAUGAUUUUGU